AUGGCUCUGAACACAGCAACAAACAAAUACCACGUCGACGUACAUUCAGAAGGCCGCGGCUCCAAGUACUUCAUCGAGGACGAUGGCCCUCUCAACGAAGCUGUGCAUGCAGAGCUUCUUCACGAUUCAGGAACUCGUGUCUUGACUGCCAGUGCUUACAUAAUAACAGUUCUUAUUGGUUCCGGAGUUCUGUCCUUAGCUCGAGUUAAUACUCAGCUAGGAUGGAUUGCAGGCCCUGCUGCCAUAUUCUUCUUCUCCAUCGUCAAGUACUUAGAUACUUCAGUCCUCCUCUCUGUAUGUUAUCGAUCUGACGCUAGAAAUUCCCAGAGGCGGUACUAUACCUACAAGGGGGCUUUGCAGAAAAACCUUGGUGGUCCCGAGGUGAAGAUAUGUGUACUAGGUCAAUAUUUGAGGCUCGUCGGGAGUGCGAUUGGAUACACAAUUGGAGCCACCACAGGCAUGAUGGCAAUCCAAAGGUCUAUCUGCUUCCACAGCAGUGAAGGCAGGAAUCCAUGCCAAAUCAACAGCUACCCAUAUAUCCUUGCAUUUGGCCUUGUUCAGAUAAUUCUCUCUGUCAUUGGUGAUUUCAAGUGGUUCUCCAUUAUUGCAGCUGUGAUGUCCUUCAUUUAUUCCACAAUUGGUCUUGGCCUCGGCAUCGCAAAAGUAGCAGAAACUGGAAAGUUUUGGGGAAGUAUGACUGGAAUAGGCAAUAGCCAUGUGAAUGAAACACAAAAGAUAUGGAGGAGCUUCCAAGCACUCGGGGACAUAGCAUUUACUUUCUCUUUCUCCAUCGACUUUAAUGAAAUUCAGAACACAGUAUUUAAUUCCCCGCCAUCAGACUCGAAGAUUAUAAUGAAGAAGGCCAUUAAAUUCAGCUUUGCAUUUAUAACCUUUUUCUACAUGGUUUGUGGCUAUUUGGGUUAUGCUGCUUUUGGAGAGAGCACGCCCAGAAACCUCCUUGCUGGAUUCGGCUUCUAUAACCCGUAUUGGCUGCUGGACAUAGCACAUGUUGCCGUGUCUCUCGAGUGUGUUGCUGCGUACCAAGUUAAUUCCCGAGCACUCUUUGCCUUGAUUGAGGAUGCUGCAGCACAUGAAAGACUCACAGGAGAGGCCAUAAACCCAAUCCCGAAUGGCCGCCCAGAUAGACCCAAUCUCUACCGUUCUGUUUGUAGAACAAUUUUUGUGAUGAUAAUUACUGUUAUAUCAAUGUUUCUGAGGUACUCCUUGGAAGACGUGGCUAGACUUACUGGGAUUUUAGGGUUUUGGCCUCUGACUGUUUACUUGCCUGUGCGGAUGUAUAUAGCUAAAAAGAAGAUAACAAGAUGGAGCGCAAAAUGGGUUUUCCUUCAAAUCCUGAGCCUGGCGCUCCUCAUCAUCAACAUUGCUGCUGUAGUAGGCUACAUUGCUGGGGUGGUUCUUAAUCUCCAGACUCACAAGCUCUUCAAGGAAAACUAGGUUGAAAUUCAAUGCUUGAAGAGCCAGCACCGCUUUUGAGUUUUCUUUCGGUUUGCAGAGUCUGCAUGCAUGCAUGGUAUUGGUGUCAUAUACAGUGUGUUUUGAGUGCAAAACAGUACUACUAAUGUGUGGGAGAUGUUCAUGAAUUGCGCCUUGUGGGUUUGGCUGUUGUUAAUCAGUGUUUUUUUUUAGUAAGAAUUAUUUGAAGUGUGUCUUGUAUUAUUCCUAUAUUUGUGGUGUUAGCAGUUUAAUUAAUAUGAGUGAAUUGUGUUUCUUGAGUA